GUACAGUUAACAUCACAAAGCCUGGUUAUUUUGCGAGUCCGCGGUCACUUUGUGCAUGUCAAGGUGUGGUGCAUGGCCAAGUGAUCACACCCCCUGUUCCGCAAGCUGUGUGUACCAGUUUAUCAACCUCUACACCUAGAUCGUUAUGUUUGUGUAUUCAAGCUCAGGCCAAGGUCGAGACGGCACCCCCAUCACAAGUGCCACCCUGGGUCAUACAAGCCACCCCCGCCACUUUAGACGCCAUGACACGGCCCCCGGAGAAAUUGGCAGUGAGCGAGCUGCAAUUAAUAAAAGACUGCGAGAACGAGAAGCCAAUAAACCAGAAGUAAAAAUAGGCAGUUGUUCUACAGGCAGCGAUGUAUUAGCAUCGGGUAAUAUGGGAAGUGCCGACGAGGCUGGCAAUUUACAGCAUACCAAUAAACAAAUGCCUCCCCCAUCGCACAAGAUGCAGUCGACGAUCCCGGACCCUCAAACCAUCGUACGGAACAGACAAUGUAACAAAAGGGUGAUACUGAAUGUCGGGGGCGUGAAGCACGAGGUGAUGUGGAGAACAUUGGAUGUAAUGCCUCAUACUCGACUGGGUAUGUUGCGUGAAUGUAACUCUCACGAGUCAAUUAUGGAGCUAUGUGACGAUUAUAACCUUGUGGACAAUGAAUAUUUCUUUGAUCGCCACCCCCGCUCGUUUGCUUCGGUGUUGAACUUUUACCGUACAGGUAAACUCCACCUGAUUGAGGAUAUGUGUGUGUUGUCAUUCAGUGACGACCUGGACUACUGGGGCAUAGACGAGCUGUACCUAGAGUCAUGCUGUCAACACAAGUACCACACCAAAAAGGAGCAUGUUUAUGAAGAGAUGCGCAAGGAGGCAGAGAGUCUCAGGGAGCGUGAGGAGGAGAACUUUGGAGAUGGCUAUUUUGCGAAAUGGCGCAGUCAAAUUUGGGACCUUCUUGAGAAGCCCCAAACAUCUAGAGCAGCACGGGGAGAGACUUGUCGGAAUAGAUGUUGGCGAAUUCUUGGUCAGGUAGUAGCGGUAGUGUCAGUACUAUUCAUAGUCCUAUCCACAAUUGCCCUAACAUUAAAUACUAUGCCAUCAAUACAGGGACGUGACAAAGAUGACCAGCCAACUGAUAAUGAGAAGCUGGCAUUAGUAGAAGCAGUCUGUAUAGCUUGGUUCACAUUGGAGUAUUUAGCCCGAUUUUGGGCAGCACCAAAUAAAUGGAAGUUCUUCAAAGCACCUUUAAAUAUAAUAGAUUUACUAGCAAUCCUACCAUAUUUUAUCUCCUUGGGGUUGGUUGAGUCAAACAGAAGUACGGAACAAUUCCAUAAUGUCAGAAGAGUUGUCCAAAUCUUUCGUAUUAUGAGGAUAUUAAGGAUUCUGAAACUUGCCCGCCACUCCACAGGAUUGCAGUCAUUGGGCUAUACAUUACAAAGAUCAUACAAAGAGCUUGGUUUGCUCAUGAUGUUCUUAGCUAUAGGCAUACUCAUGUUUUCAAGUUUAGCAUAUUUUGCUGAAAAAGACGAAAAUCCCAAAUACAUCAGUAUUCCUCAGACGUUUUGGUGGGCAGCUAUUACAAUGACGACAGUAGGUUAUGGUGAUGUCUACCCUAAGACAGCUCUGGGUAAGGUAGUUGGUGCAGUGUGUUGUAUAUGUGGGGUAUUAGUUAUUGCCCUGCCUAUUCCAAUUAUAGUUAACAAUUUUGCUGAGUUCUACAAAGAUCAGAUGCGGCGUGAAAAAGCACUGAAACGUCGUGAGGCAUUAGCACAAGCCAAACGCAAUGGAAGCAUACUGAGUUUUAACCACUCAUCAAACUUAAGAGAUGCAUUCGCACGUAGCGUUGAACUCAGUCUUGUUGAUGUCGUCUCAGACAGCAGGAACAACCUCAAUCAACAAAUCAACAAACACAUUGAUUUCAAACCUCAGGCCAAUCGCCCCCCAGCUGCCACAUAUGCCCUUGCUAUAAAGGACAUUAACACACCCAGUGAGUGUAAAACCAACGAAGGAAAGGGAGGAUGCCCUGAUACACAGAGCUUACCAGAGAACAACCCUAGCUUCAACAAUCUACUGGCAGUUGACCAAGAAUCACUAGACAGGAUGACGCAAUCUCAACCUAUGCUCAAUAAGGAUGCCAGUAAUACGUACAACAACGAGGGAGAUGAUAGCAAUGGCAGAUCUGGAGGAGAAGAGCUCUAUGAACUGCAGCCUGUCACUACAGGUAGCUCUAAAAGCCCCCCUAAUUAUGCAAAUACACCCUCCCCUCCUAAUUACCCCUCAAAAUGCCCACCACAAAAUGUAUACAUUAAUCCACUGGAUCAGCCAAUUCCUAUACUUAGCAAUGUACUGCCUAUUUUACCAUUAGAAUGUCCUGGGAAGUUCACAAGACCAUGUAAAAAGGUAUCUGAUCAGGUAGUACAGAGGUUACCUGAUGGUUUAAGCACUACUUGGCAUAAGCAACCAUCAGUUAAUCCCAAUAUGCUGUACCAAAGAUCAGAGUUCAGGGAAAGUCUGGGAAAUAAUGGUGGAGGGGCACCAAACUGUCUUCAUUCCCAUCUUCAUCCGCAUGUUUUACGCAAGACUAAGUCUGCUGGUUUUGGCAAGCAUAAAGCACGCUUUGCUGACAUUGAAGCUGAUGGUUUACACAGUCAUACUUCCAAUGAAUCUCUCACACACCAGGAAAGUUCAGGCAAACACAGGGAUUGCAUCAGAAAGCCCCCUUUGUCUGGCAGAAGGCAGCACCAUGCAAGUCCUAAUACAGGCAAAAAGCUCGCCAGCUACCAACAAAAAUCUCCAAAGCCAGUCCCGAUGACUGCUGACAAACCAUCCACUGGUCACCAAGAUAAAACACCCAUCAUCAGGGAUAAAAAAUUCCUUACUAAAAAAGAUGCAAUGAAUCAAGAAGAAACGGAAAAGUUAUUAAAUGAUUCGAACAAAGAACCCAAUGAUACCCACUUCAAUGGUAAUAACAUUCACGAUAAUACAAAAAAUUGUGAGAAAAAGGGACAUUCUCCGAAGUUAAAGAAAAAAGGAAAUAGGCACAUAGGGCCAAGGUCAAAUAGCAAUGACAAUGGUGUUAAAACCAGUAGGCCUAACUCGAAAAAAGGGGCAAAAAUGUCAAAAAGUGAAGAAUCAUUAAGAGACAGUGGCAGUUCAGACAAUCAAGACCAUACUAUGGAAAAUAAUACUGAACGUGAGGAGGACAUUUCUCCUAAAGAUUGUAAUUGUGACUCCCCUGAGUCUGACAGAGAUAAAGAAAUGAUGAAGGACUAUGAGAAACCUACAAUUUUGACUCUACAUCCCAGUAUAGAUUAUAUAGAUGACACUUUGGAGUCUAAAACAGGCUAGCAGAUAGCAGUUGGACAUGUACAUAACACAGAUAAAAAUUAUCCUGGAUGCCAACUAUUUAAGCGAUAGUGUGUUCCUAGUCUUCCCGAUUCUCACAAUAGCUACUGUGCAUACAGUUAUACUGAAGGUUCGUUAUAAGUAUGUGACAGAGAUUUCAUAGAAGUCUGAGUAUCGAAAUAGAUACAUGUAGAUCCUUUCACAAUACUUAGAUAUAUCAGAGCGAGUUACCCAGGUCAAGGCAACAAGAGAUGGAAACAAAAAGUGGUGAAAAAUAUUUAAAUGAAUAUAUCUGUCUGGAAAUGAAAUAUUCUCAAAUCA